AGAAAUUUAAAAGGUUGUAGCCUACUGCAGAUUGCUCAUAAUGCUCAAGCAGACGAACGUAGUUGACAAACCUUAUUUUGUUUUUAGAAUUUUCUGUUUUCCAGCCUUCCACACGUGAAUAUGUCUGUUACUCGUGGUAGAGGCCGAGGUGGAGAUCGUGGAGGAAUUCGUGGUGGUGGCCGAGGCCGAGGUGGAGGAGAUCGUGGAAAAACAGGUGGUUCCAGAGGUGCAAAGGGAAAUUUAAGAGGAAAUGGCAGGGGUCGUCGUGGAAGCUUGGCUGACUCGAGCAAUUCUGGCCAUAGAGGUAGCCCAAGAGGUGGUCGUGGAAGAGGAACACCUGCUUCCUCCAAGAGUAGAAGACAUAGUCGAAGGCAAAAAAUCAGUCAAGGCAAAGACAAAAUAGUUGAUCAGAAAGAAUCAGAAAUUGAAUUAGGAUUGCAGAUCUAUGUUGCCUUCAAGAAAACUCCAGUUAUUAUUGAUGAACUCGAAAAGCUACCAGGAUUUCAUUCAGUUCAUACACCACCGAAUGAGAAGGAAAAUCAAAAGAUCAUCUUGUUCAAAGACAUGGAAUCACUUGAUGCUGCUAGGGCUAUCCUUGACGCCCAUGAAAAUGUUCAAUUCACAAACCAAAGGGGACUGAAAUCAAUAAAAUCUCAGCGUAAAGCCUCAGAUGCCUGCAAUGUUUUCCUUAAGUUUAGUGAAGCUGUUGAUGAAGAGACUGUUAAAAAGCUUGAUGACAGCAUUAAGGAAGUUGACCUCUUCAUAGAUAAAAGAAGAUGUGCGUUGCAAUUUGCAACACUAGAAGAAGCCAAGAUUGCAGCUGGGAAAUUGAAGAAACACUUCAGUCAAGUUCAGAGCUUACCUGAAGGGAGUAACCCAAAGGCAGGAAAAAAUGUACCUGGAAAUUUUUUAGUAUAUUUGAUGUUUAAAAAAAAUUAUGAUGAAGAAGCUGUGAAAAAGCUUGACACCACCAUUGAAGCAAUUUUUCCAGUUUACAGCGGCAUUUUGCGUUUUGCAACUCGUAAGGAAGCAGAGAGUGCAGCUGAGAAAUUGAAGACAAAGAUAGGUGAAAAUAGCUUACGGUCUGCGGAUGUGGGUUAUCUUCGAUCAUCCUAUAACAAAGUACCACAAGACAAGGUUGUACUAAGAGAUGUUCCGAAAAAUGUCUCUUGUUUUGAUAUUAUCUCUCAGUUUCCUGAUGCCAAUGCUGUGGUUAUUUACAAAAAGACAUUCCCUGCCUCCAAGUUUUGUCAUGCUUAUCUUGGUUUCGACACCGCGGAGCGGACAGCCGAAAUAUUAAGUUCUACCGAUUUAAAAAUUGCCGGGAAAAAAGUAUACGUUUUCCCAGCAUACUCGGAUUUGUUACAGGAACUUCCCGAUUUAGGCGAAAUCAAAGCCAAACUGCCUGAAACCGACAUCAAAGAGGGACCUCCAAGCAAGAAAAGGAAGGUUGAAAACGAAGACGAAGAAAUGGAAAGUGAUGAAGAAGCCAGUGGAGAAGAAGAGGAUGAAUUAGAUGAAGAAGGCGAAGAGGAGGGAGAAGAAGAAGGGGAGGAAGAGGAAAGUGAAGAUGAAGAGGGUCAGGAAGAAGGAGAUGAUGACGAAGAAGACAAUGAGGAGGAAAGUAACUAAAUGGAAAUUCUACACUGUCUAGAAAAUAAUGAUUUCAUUCUUGACAAAUAAUGAAGUAUGAACUGUUUUCGUGACGCAUUAACCAAAUAAAGGUUAUCAACG